AUGUUUAUAAUAGAAUUCACUGAUGGGUUGAAACUAGGAAUAUUUAUAAAUUUUAUAAUUUUCACAUUUUUAUUAUUUAACAAACUACUACAAUUAGCAUUAUUUGGAUCCUUAAGAAUAAUCGAAGUUGAGCAUCUUUUUGAAAAACUACCGAUUUUUGCAAUAAAUUUAUCAUUGAAUAUGGCUACAGCUGAAUCUAAUAUUAUUUUGAAUGUUGCGUUAAUGGGUAUAGCAAUGACUUUCAAAAUGAUUCAUAUCAUUAUGUUUGAUAGAUUGGAUUUCUUGACUUUAAAAUUGUAUAAUAAGUUGAAUGAAGAAAUUGAUGAAGAAUUUAAUUCAAAAGAGAAUGAAAUUGAAAUAAAAUACGUAACUUGGUAUUAUUUAAGUUCAAUUAAUUUUUGGUUAAAUGUGGUUUUAAUCUUUUUAGAUUUUACUUUCGCUAAAUUUUUGGUUUAUGACGUAUACCAAGGAGUAAAUUCAGUGACUUGUUUAUUAUUCGGGUUCCAAUACGCUGUUCAAGGAGUAGAAGCUUUAACCAAUUUAGCCAAAUUAGCAUUGGGAUUUUAUGAAGUCGUAAAUUACAAACUUAAGAAAAAUGCAAGAGAAAGAGAAAGGGAAUUGGAAGAGACUUUCUUAAUGCAAAACGCAGAAACGUACGAAGAAGAAGAAGAAGAAGAAAAUAUAGAUUCAACAAUUGAUUCAAACACAAGCAAUGAAGUAUCAACCGAAGAUAUAGUAGAACCGUCAGGAAAUUUGGAAGAAGUUGAUGCAGAAGAUCCUGAAAAUGAUUUGAUAGAUGACGAUGAUGAUGAUAUUGAUUUUGUAUGGGAAAAUAAACCAUACUACAGUAAGGCUAUUGAUAUUUCAUCAGCACUUUUGACAUCGGUGUCAUAUUUAUGUUUUAUAUAUUUACUCACAAUUCAAUCUGGAUUAUCAUUACCACUUUCAAUGUUACAAGGUACAUACUCAUCAUUGAGAAAAGCCUGGAUUCAAAUUACUCAGCUCCUAGCAUUUAUAGAGUCAUCCAAGAGGCUAGAUACUCAAUUACCUAAUGCGACUCAACUGGACCUUGAAGAAAACGACAAUUUAUGUAUCAUAUGUCGUGAAGAUAUGCAUUCUGUUGAAGAUUAUCAAAGAGUAUUCAAAAAGCCACAAUCAUCUAGAAGAUGUGCUAAAAAAUUAGAAUGUAAUCAUAUUCUACAUAUGGGGUGCUUGAAAGAUUGGCUAGAACGUUCAGAUAAUUGUCCUUUAUGUAGAAGAAAAGUCUUCGGUGGUGCUGAGCCUGCAAAUUCAACUACAAACCCUGCUCAAGCUAAUCACGAUGCACCAAACCAUGCGCCACCACUACAUCAAAUACCCACAAAUAACGACAUACCGCCACAACAAAUGGAAGACCAAUCACCAAUUCUUCCACGAAAUGGUGAUUCUGCAACUACGACAACUGGAACUUCCACACCAAGAAAUAUAUAUAAUCACUUUGAUAUAUCUCAAUCCAAUUUUAGAAGAGUUUCCAAUGAUGCUAUGCAUGUGUUAGAUCCCGGUGACAGAGAAGAAGAUAUUUUAAGAAGAGGGAGAUUGAAUAACGGAAACUAUUCUAAUGACAGCGAAGAUCGAGGCUCACAACAUAUCAUACCCGGAGAAAGAUUUGAAAUCGAUGAUACUAUCGUAGAAUCAUCAUCACGGAAUGACAAGGGAUCAAGUUUAAUAUCUGAACCUUCUCAUAUGCGAAGUUCCAAUCUCACACCGACUCCAACAUCAGCCACACUAAACACAAAUUCAUCACUAUCGGAUUUCCAAACUAUACAUCUACCAAGUUCCGCUCUUCUCCCUCCGGAUUGGGUUCUACUACCAUUAGAAAGAAUUAAUAAUGAAACGGACCAGGAUGUGAAAUAUAUGGUGAGUUUGACGAAUGAAACACUGGCCAAGUUGAGAAUAAGGCAUAACGAUAGGUGA